AAUAACUUCAUUUAAAAAACGUUUAGUUUUUUUUCUAAUUCAAAAUAAUGUGAGUUUUAAUUGUAAAUAUCAAUCAUUAUCAUAAUGAUUGAACGCUUUUGUUUGUUUAUUUCUGGAUUUCAUUUUAUUUAUUAAGCGGAAUAUUAAAAUGUGGGUCCCUCUGAGAUUACUUAGUAAAAAAAGAUACUUGAUUGUAAUAUUAAUAUUUUUUUUGUCGUAUUGUAUUUUUUUAAUAUUUGAUCCUGGACCAUCAAAGCCUAAGGAGCAUGACUGGGUAUCAGUAAGGUUGCGUGAGGGUCAACGUGAGUAUGUUGAUAGAAAAGGUAUGCAUGUUGUAGUCGGUCAUUAUGUGAGCCCUGAUUUGAAAAAUUCUAAGUUAAGCAAAGAUGUAUUAAAUAUAAAUGAGUUCUUGCCAAAACCUGAUGCUGGAAAAGAUGGUCAACCGGUUAUGAUACCACCAAGAAAUUUGUUAAAGAUGCAACAAUUAUUUCAAAUUAAUUCAUUUAAUUUGUUAGCAAGUGAUAGUAUACCACUAAAUAGGUCCUUGAAAGAUGCUCGAAAUUAUAGAUGUAAAAUGAAUCCUAAAAUUGAUAUACAACAUCUUCCAACUGCAAGUGUUAUUAUAGUGUUUCAUAAUGAGGCAUGGUCCACUUUAUUGAGAACAGUCUGGAGUGUCAUAAACCGUAGUCCCUCAGAAUUGCUAACUGAAAUUAUAUUAGUUGACGAUGCUAGCAAACGAGAAUUUUUGAAAGCGCCCUUAGAAGAUUAUGUUAAAACACUCCCUGUAAAGGUAUCAAUUAUGAGAAUGUCUAAGAGAUCUGGAUUGAUUAGAGCAAGAAUUGCUGGGGCAAAUCGUGCUUUGGGAAAAGUGUUGGUAUUUCUUGAUGCUCAUUGUGAAUGUACAACAGGUUGGCUAGAAGUACUUCUUGAGAGAAUUGCAGAUGAUUCUACUCGUGUGGUAUGCCCUGUUAUAGAUAUUAUAAAUAAGGAUACAUUUGCAUAUACAAAAAUAAUAGAAUCUAGUAUGGGAGCAUUCAAUUGGCAUUUAACAUUUAGAUGGUUUUACUUAAUGGGUGCACGUUUGACUAAACGCAGUAUGGAUAUGUCAGCACCAAUAAUGACACCUGCCAUGGCUGGUGGUUUAUUUGCAAUUGAUCGUGAAUACUUUUUCUUCCUGGGAGCAUAUGAUGAAGAAAUGUUUGUGUGGGGAGGAGAAAAUAUAGAGCUAUCAUUGAGAGUUUGGCAGUGUGGAGGUAGUAUUGAGAUAGCUCCAUGUUCUCAUGUAGGUCACGUCUUCAGACUAGGAUCACCAUAUGAAUGGCCAGGCGGCAGCAGAAAUAUUAUUGCGCGCAAUAUAGCACGGACAGCCAUGGUCUGGUUGGACGAGUAUGCAGAUUUUUAUUUUAAAUUUAUAAGAAAAGAAAGUUAUAAUCCUGAAGCAAUUAAGAAUAUUGAUGUAAGCAAAAGAGUAGCUUUGAGGAAACGUUUGGGCUGCAAAUCAUUUAAAUGGUAUUUGGACAAUGUUUGGCCUGAGCAUUGCUUGCCCGUUGAAGGAGAAUUCUUUGGAAAAAUAAUGAAUUUGAAGCACAAUAAGUGUUUAAAUGCACCUCAAGGACACCCUCAGGAUGUCAGAUCAGGAUUAGCAAUAAUUCAAGAUUGUUCAGAAGAAAGUGCAUUGGUAGAAGAAAUGUUUAUACUCAAAAAAGAUUCUAUAAUGACUAAUGAAUGUGUAUGUCUCGAAACCAUUGAUGAUAUUUAUAGUAAACAGAAAAAAUCUAAUGAUACUGAAGUCCGUCUGUAUUCAUGUAGUCACAGUGGAAAACAAAAGUGGAAAUAUGAUGAGUUGACGAAACAAAUUAUUCAUGUUGAAACAAAACGAUGUUUAGAAGCACCUCAGCGUGGAACUAAAAUUGGACUGAAAACAAAAUUUUGUAAUAAAUAUGAAGAAUCACAAAUAUGGACGUUGAAGCCAGUUUCCUGAUAAUGAUCUACGCAUGAUAUGAUAAUUCUAAAACACAUGUACAUCUCGGGCAGAGAGAAAACCAUCAUAUUGUUUUAAUAAAUCUGUAUUAUUCACUACUUGGGUGAGGU